GUAAAAAUUAUGACUACUUCCUCAAACACUUUCCUACUACUUUAAACAUACCACUCCCACACCUUCUUUAUCCUAACAAUAAGUUCAUUAUGGUGAAGCAAAAGAUUGUGAUCAAGGUGCAAUUAAUGAACACCACAAAAGCAAGGUCCAAUGCCAUGAAGAUUGCAGUUGGAAUGUUGGGAGUGGAAAGUGCAGCUAUUGGAGGAAAUAACAACGAUCAAAUUGAGGUGGUUGGAGAUAUGGACCCAGUUAUACUCACAAAUCUACUAAGAAAGAGAUUUUGUCGUGCAGAAUUGUUGAGUGUUGGUCCUGUAGAAAAGAAAGAGAUAAAGAAAGAAGACAAGAAAGAAGAGAAAGUUGUGCCAUGUUCAUGUCCUCCUUAUUAUGCUUACCCUCCUCCUAUCCCAGUGUGUGUUGCAUAUCCAUGUGAGGAACCUUCUCCUUGUUCCAUCUUGUGAUUAAUGUCAUCAACAAACAAUGGUCAUAAUAAUUUGUUAUUGUAUGGUUCUUGUUUGUUUGUGGUUUGAGUUUAGCUUGAGUUAUUUUGGUUUUGGAUAUUUGCUGUAAUAUUAUUGUAGGGUCUUGAGUUUUUGUUGGAUCCUGUUUUAAUUGCAUUUCAUACAAAGAGAAUCGAAUAAAGUUAACUAGUGUUACAACCAAGUUAGUUAGUUUGUUACUUACUUGCUUUCAAAGCAAGUGUGCUUUUAAAUUGUAUAAAUAAGGAUCAAUUGUAUCAUUUGAACUAUGGCCCAGUA